AUGGAGAUCUCAGAGAAGCUGUUGCUGCAAUACAAGUACCAUUUUGCAGCUGCAGCCGUCGCCUCCCUUUUCCUCUCCUUGCUGAUGUAUGCAGCUCCGAGCCUCCUCACGAUCCUCGCAUACUUCCUGCCUCUCCUUGCUUCCACAACUGUGUUUCUGAUCUUGAUCAUGGCCUUCGGUGGUGUCUCGAGACUGAAUAUCGGUUCGAAUCAUCAGCAACAUGGUCAGGGGAAUGGUGAAGGGCUCCUAGAUUAUGUUGCAGGCCGUCCUGAUGAAAACCAUUAUGCUCUGUAG